UUCAAAAUGAUCAUGCUGUAUAAGGAGCUUGUGUCAUCAACAAUCAUGCAUGCAGACUUACACGUCGAGCACAUCAAAGAAGUGAAGAGAUACCUGCAAUAUGCCAUGCUAUCACACAGGUGGGAAGGGAAGGAGCCGCUGCUGCAGGAUAUCCAGGGCAAGUGCGUGUACGACUCAGAUUUGGAGCCAGUCGGCGGCAUGACGAUGCUGCGGCCGUUCUGCAAAACUGCUCGUGAUGCGGGGUAUAACUGGACAUGGAGCGAUACAUGCUACAUCGACAAGAGCAACAAUCUCGAAGUCCAAGAAUCGGUCAGCUCCAUGUUCGUAUGGUAUCAUCAUUCUGCGCUCACGAUCGUCUAUCUGUCUGAUGUUCUGCCUUCGUCAAAGUCUUGCGGACUGGCAAAGAGCGCUUGGAACACGCGCGGAUGGACGUUUCAGGAGUUUAUCGCUCCCAAAGUCAUUCUCUUUAUCAGAACAAUUGGACCCUUUAUUGUAAUGAUCGUACUCCCAACCACAAGGAUUCCAUCGCAAUCAUGCAGAAGAUAAAGGACGCAACGGGCAUAGACCGACCAGCCGC